UAAUCUGACCCCCGGUCCCGUGUCUGUGUUCCAGGUGGACCUGGGCGGCGGCCUGAAGCCCCCCGGGUUCUACGUGCAGCGGUCCUGCGGCCUGUUCCCGGCGCCGUUCCCCCAGGACAGCGAGGAGCUGGAUCGGAUAUCCAAACUCUUCCACUUCCUGGGCGUCUUCCUGGCCAAGUGCAUCCAGGACAACCGUCUGGUGGACCUGCCGGUCUCGCAGCCGUUCUUCAAGCUCCUCUGCAUGGGGGACAUCAAGUCCAACAUGAGCAAGCUGCUGUACCCGGGCCGCAGCUCGCCGCACGGCCCCGACGCCGACAGGCCGUACCCGCCGUACCCGGCGCCCUUCCUGCUGCUGUCGGAGCUGCAGUCGGAGGCGUCCACCGAGGAGAGCCAGGAGACCUACUCCGUGGGCAGCUUCGACGAAGACUCCAAGUCUGAGUUCAUCAUGGACCCCCCCAAACCCAAACCGCCCGCCUGGUACCACGGCAUCCUCACCGCGGACGACUUCCAGCUCGUCAACCCGCACAGGGCGAGCUUCCUGAAGGAGAUGAAGGACCUGUCGGUGAAGAGGAGGCAGAUCCUGUCCAGUAAGAGUCUCUCUGAAGACGAGAAGAACACCCGGCUGCAGGACCUGAUGCUGAGGAACCCUCUGGGCUCCGGACCGCCGCUCAGCAUCGACGACCUGGGGUACGCCGCACGCCGCACGCUACGCCACGACAACACUAACACGCUACUAACACGCUACUAA